AUCAUGAACUUUGUUCAGGAUAUUCAAAAGCAAUGCAAGGACCUUCAUGUGUCUCACAAAUGCUAUGGGGUGGGCGGUUCCCAGGCCUCUAGUACCACUGACAGAAUUCCUUCACAAUCUAAAAGUGGUUUCUAUGGAAUUGCUUCUCAAAUGAAGCUUUUGGUGGACACUCCAGAGAAGGUUUGGAGUGCAUUGGAAAGAAAACAGUACCUAAAAGCAGCUCAGUUGUAUCUUUUCUCUCGUCACAUUGUCAGCCUGCUACACAUUGAUACUGGAGACACAUCUGCACCUAAAUUACUGUCUUCAUUCCCAAUCUUGCCAAAACAAUGGGCAGCAAUCAGUCACUUCAAGGACUCCAUACUUCAGGGAAGCCAUGGUCUGUUAAAGGAUGCUGCUCAAACUGAAGAGAUGCUUGCAGAGUCAUUGUGUGCAAUCCUUCUGUUGGAGGAGAGCUCACCUCGCCAAGUCCUGAGUGAGUUUAUCUUGGCAAGGAAAGCAACAUUACAGGAAAUCUUUCAUCCAUAUCAACAUGCCACCAGUAUCAAGUCCCAAGUUUGUGAAGUUGUUCAGGUGAUUCAAAGAAGUCUUUACCAAAUACACACCCUGUUCUGCUGUGAUGAUACAGACCACAUGUGAGAGUGUUUCCAUCCUUAAUAUCCAAAAAGAAUAUUCAACAAAACUGUGCCGAGUGGAUUUCAAUGUGUAUCAAGGAUGUAACAGCUGCAGUGAGUAAUCUGCUGAAAUACGUGGGCAGUCUCAAAGGCUUGGCCUCUAUACGAGAUGCAGUGUGGGACCUGCUCAAUCAGACCAGUGCUGCCUCAGGAGACUGCACCCUUGACUGGUCAGCUGUUUGUAACAGCAUAUUAGGACGUGAUUUAUCCAUAUGGAAUGAGUUUCUUCAAAGUCCUUUCCUCUCUAGAGCUCAGGAUAUUUUGCGAAGUCUAUUCGAUGCCACGAUGUCAUCAUGUAAGAACAUGAUUACUAACACACUAGAUGAGAUCUCUGAUCACAACACUAACACCGACCUCAAUGUACUCUGGGAAAGAGACAUAGCGAUGUAUGUUUGGCAGGAGUGUUCAAAUGAUGUCCCUAGAACAGUUUGGCGGGGAUCACAGGCAAACAAUGCAGCAAAUAACGAGCAAGAAAGCGGUCUUGCGCUGAAAGCACGAGUUUGCACUCCUGCUGUACAGAGAUUAUGUAAAGCAGUUGACGAGAAGUUAGCUGCAAUUCUUGAAGACGCUCAACACUUCAUGUUUGAUGUGCAAAAAGUCUCAGGUCCAGACCUGACCAAGAGAACGCCAGUUAGGAAAGCGUUCGAGUUGUCUUUGCUUAACAAAAACAAGACAACAUCUGAGGAAACAGAACCAUUCGAUCGCUUUGGCACCGCAGGUGAAAUCCAAUCUUUCCUGCGAGAAACUUGCUUUUCUGCCUUUAGCCAGUUGUUGCAAUAUAUUGACGACAUCGUAACCAAUCUUACAAGCAAAUUGAAAUUAGAACCAGAGGAAGUAUUUACGACGAGAUCCCAAUCAUUGUUCGACACAGUGUGUAUUGACAGAGUUCUAUUCCUUGGUCGACUGUGUCACUCUUUUACUGAACAGUGCAGUAAUAUCAAGCUGGUCAUGGAGGGACAAGCAACAGAGACAAAAGGUCGAGCAACGCCAAGGAAGUCUUCCAGCUCAUCAAAGAAAAAGGAAGAACCAGGCCAAGGCGGUAAGAUGAUUGAAUUGGCCAGUUUUCUUAGACGGAGAUAUCUCACAACAUACAGAUUGUGGAAAGAUUGGAUAUCAGUACUCUUUUUGUCUUCUUUGGAAGCGACGUUGAUUCAAGGCGACAAAAGCUCAUUUUUGUUGACCAUAACUAACUGGGAAUCAAUCAAAAUUGAAGAGGAAACGGAAGAAGGGAGGAAGAUAGAGUCCAUUAUAAAAGUUCCUUACCAGGUGUCUUCUUAUGUUAUGUCUUUGCUGUUCAGUCUAUGCCAAGAGCUCAACAGAACUGGUGCGCACACCGUACAAAGGACAUUGCUCAAAGAGCUGGUGACUAGCCUGGCGAUUGGGGUUCUGUCAACACACGAGAAAUUAGUCAAGGAACACAAAUCGAGUUUAACUCAAAACCGCGCCCUACAGAUACUGUUUGACCUCAGAUUCAUAACAACAAUCCUCAUGGGACGAGCCGAGGAUGAUGAUUCGGAGUUUUCAAAGCGGCUGGAACAUGUCAUAGACACUUUAGAAAGCUGCAUCGAUCCGUUUGAUCUAGAUGUGUUUUCUCCUCACAUGACAACAAAUGUCAACCGACAGCUUCAAAAAUGCGGGGUUUUAUUUGGCGUCUUAUCAAGUCUUGACAAGCACUUUUCUCAUUCCUUUGGAGUUACGCAACGUCCUUCCCCAGGCUCCCAAGACCAACACAACGUUAUGCCGUUGGCUCCCAAUCCACCUCGAUUUAACUUGUUGCCCCUCAGUUCCUAUUCAAGCGUGGGACCUGCGUACCAAACUGGAGAUCACAACGACAGCCACCAAAAGGAGUCGUUGAACCAACAUGAAGAUUCACAGCAGGUGGUGACUCGCACAGCGUUAUUUAAACACUAUCAGUUUUUUAACUCAGGCGUGGGUUAUGUGAAGGGCUGAAGACAAGACGUUGCCAUGUUUGGUAAUACUUUUAGACAUUCGACUGUUGAAGUAACAGAUGUGGAUUCUCGCUUAUGUGAUGAACACUUUUCCGAAAAAUUCAAGAUAUAAGGAACUGGCUCUUAACAACUACACAUGAUUUAAAAAAGUGUUUAUAAUAUUCGGGGAUGUAGCUUUUGUGGUGAAAAAAAAAUUCUGGGUAAAGGCCCCAGAAAGAGGUUGGUCUAAGGGUUGAAGAUAUCCAGGAUAAAAAUCGCAGAUUACAGCAGAGAUGAACUGAUCCAACUCCGUGUCCGUUGUAACUGUAAAGGUCUUGAAAGAAGUUAGGGACAUCUGCGGUUCGCGAAGACGGAACUCAAAUUUAGUUGUGUCUUUUUCCGUACAGAAUAUUAUAUUUAUGUUCGGUCUAACCUCAA